GUUUUGGUUGUGGUUCGGCUCUGCUCCACUGCGUGGAUGAAUGUGGUUCGAGGCACCGGUGUACACAUGGUUACAGGACAUCUUAUCAGAAUGGACAAAUGAAUAACGAAAGAAAAGACGGAUGUCUGAAAACAUGUCAUCUGAGCAGCUCAUGAAAACACGCUGCGUGAUCAUGAGGAAGGAAUACAUCAAGAUGAAGACUGGAAUGCAGAACAACUGACCGCACAAAUGGAUCUAGUGGCGAUGUUCAUUCAGUUGAGCCGGGAGGACUUCCCCAUUAUGGAGCAUUCCCACUGUUUCUGCACCAUUGCCUGCCUCACAGAUUUUGCGGACUCCCAUCUCAAGGCAAUAUACCGGAUUGGUUUAACAGCUCACCAAUGGAGGGAAUCCCAGCUUUCGAGCCUCCCACGCCUGAGUCAGCUUCAUGCCAUGUCACAGCCACGCCUGAGUCUGCUCGACACCAUGUCACAGCCACGUCUGAGUCUGCUCCACGCCAUGUCACAGCCACGCCUGAGUUUGCUCCACACCAUGCUCCACGCCAUGUCACAGCCACGCCUGAGUCUGCUCUACGUCAUGUCACAGCCAAGUCUGAGUCUGCUCCAUGCCAUGUCACAGCCAAGCCUUCCGCGACUCCUUGCUCCAAGCCUCCUGCGGCCCCUGUCUCGAAGCCUUUCACGGCCCCUGUCUUCAAGUUGAAUGAUCUGCCAUUGAUGUCAGGGCGUAGGGCCAUGAAGACCCUACCUCACAAAUUGUCAGCGCUCACGCCUGCCACGACCAACGAGCCAACAUCCACGCCUGCCACGGCCAACGAGCUGGAAGCCUCGUCCUUCUCAGAGCCUGUGUUGCCAACCUCAUCCGUCCCAGAGCCUGCAUUGCCAGCCUCAUCCAUCCCAGAGCCUGCAUUGCAGAGGAAAGACAGUUAA